UCAUAUUACAGAAUUCGUACGAACUACAAUUUCCCUACUUACAAACGGAACUAAACUAAACACGCGUGGAAUCCACCGGCAGGAAAAUCCCGUGUCACCUCACUCCUAACAAAUCACUGUAAUUCUUGUUUUUUUGGUUUGACCAAUUAACACGCACACUUUCUUCACACCAUUCCGUUUCUCCAUUUCCCAGCAAUGUCACAACACAUUCGAAUUCUUCCGCAUCCACCACUCUCCUCAAUAACCCCAUCAACCAAACCCGAUUCACUACCCCUCUGCUUCAGCUUCGGCUUCAGGUUCGGGUUCCAUUCCUCCGCCUCUCCGCUGAUUUCCCUCUCCUGUGGCUGCGCACACCAAACCCCUCCGGUUCGGUUGAGUCCACAACAAGGGUCAUCGCAAGAGGAGGAAGAGUCUGCUUUCCUUUACCUUCAACCUAUUUCCAGCGAAAACCACUUCGACCGUGUCCUCGCCAAGGCUCAAACGCUCGACGAAGGUGUCGUUGUCGUUUGGAUGGCAAAUUGGUGUAGAAAAUGUAUAUAUUUAAAACCAAAAUUGGAAAAGCUGGCAGCAGAAUAUUAUCCAAGAUUGCAGUUCUACAGUGUUGAUGUUAAUACAGUUUCGCACAAACUUGUUACUCGAGCCGGCGUGACUAAAAUGCCAACCAUACAACUGUGGAGAGACAGCAAGAAGCAAGGGGAAGUUAUUGGUGGCCAUAAAGCAUAUUUAGUCAUAAAUGAGGUUCAGGAGAUGAUUGAGAAUGAGUGCCGCACAAGUUUUUGUGCAGCAGAAUAAUUUUCCUCUAUUAUAAUAUAUUUUAUUAAUUGGUUUUACGGUACUACAUUAAUUUUUUGCCCAUACAUGUAACAAAAGAAACUGUUAUUUUUGCUACAUUUUGUUUUAGGUUUUCCCGAAACCAUAUUUUUUGAAGUAUCUUGUUUUCGUUCGAAGGUGUUCAAAACCUUAUAAUUGAGGGAUAUAUAUAUAUAGGGAUGCUUGUCUUCUGAGUUUAAGAUCUCAAAUUUUCAUAAUUUCCUCUUCCAAAGUAUUUGUCGUUUUAUGUUAAACAAUUUAGGUGUAGGAGAGAGGGAUAGGUGGCAUAGUGGAGAGGAUCAAAUCUUUGAUGUACACCCCAAUCCAAAAGAUUAGGGAUGGAGCUGGUUAAUCUACAAGACCACUGGCUCUAAAAGCCAAGGAAACCACUACACAUUUCCCUUAGGAUAUUAGCAUAGUGUUUGUGCCAAAGAAUGAUUGUACAUUAGCUUGAAAAGAAGGACAACUUAGUGCAUGAGAUUCCCACCUAAGGGGGUCCAGGGAGGGUAGAUGUAUGCAGCCAUUACCCGUGCAAGCAAAGAAGCUGUUUUCAGGAUUUGAACACAUUAAGGAAUAAAAUGACAUGGAGAUGGAUUUCUCAGCAACUUAUUACCACUUUCAACACAAGCACAAAGGUUUCUGGUGGCACAUCUCUCAGUUUAGGCCGAAUGUCAAGUUGGGGUAGAACAUUGGCACCAUAUGUAGAAACCAUAAAGGUUUUUCCCUCUCUCAGCAUGCAAGUGAAAGUAGACACAAAUUGAAAUGAAGGGCUCGGGGCAUCAUGUAAUACUGACCAGCCUCCACGACCUCAUCAAACCACAUCCGAGCAUUUAAGUUGUGCGUAGUGGAGUUGCAACAAAACCACCCUAGGUUGAACCAAGCCACAAUUUUCCUUCUACUGAGGUGACACAUCUUAGCACCAAACUGUCUCGUCCUGCCAAACAACCUUUAUACCUAGGAUCAACAUCAACAUGAAUGAUCACAGCUACUCAAAUCUCUCACCACUAAUCUGUAGAAGGAAAAUUAUUAGUUUUCACCCAGUCGAAGGAAAAUUUUGGCCUUUCUUUGGAUUUAUCUCUCUACAUGACUUUGUCAUGUUAAAAAAUAACAUAAAAACCCAUCCUUAAAUAACCAAAGCUUCUUUCCAGCAUGACGUGGCCUUUAAAGGAAGUGUAAGUUGGCUACUUGAUCUCUUCAUCCCAUUGAGAGACCAAUUUACAUAUUCUAUUUAGGUUGACUUAAAAUGUGGUGGCAGAAUUGCAAGUUAAAAUUCUUAUCUUCAUUGAGCAAAGGUUUUCCUUUGAAAAGCCUUAUGCUCUUCCUUUAUGAUUAAUUUUACAAAGAAACUUCCCCAAUUAAAUAGUAGCUACUUUAAUCUUA